AUGAGCGGAAAUUCGUCUUCGGGCAACCCGCCCGACCUCGAAGCCCACCAACCACCUGCGAAAGCCUCUUUCUCAACAUGGUGGACACAAUCCGUGGACGUCAAAUAUACCGAUCUCAUCUGUCUUCUGCUCUGUUUCACUACCGGACUCUGUGACAGCAGCGCCUACAAUGCAUGGUCCUGUUUCUUGGCGAUGCAGACCGGAAACACAAUUUUCCUUGGUCUAGGAGCCUCCGGCCAACCAACCAGUAAACCCUGGGGCUGGUUGAAAUCGCUCUGUUCAAUCGCAUUCUUCUUCAUCGGCGCCUUUACCCUCGCCAACGUUACCCGCCGCGCCGGAGCCCGCCGCCGUGGCACGCUCUUUUUGUCAUUCGUGUUCCAGUCCCUUCUGGUCAUCAUUGCCGUCGCCCUGAUUGAAGGCGACCUCAUUCCACACACCUCGGACGAUGCCUCUCUGACAGGUGGUCCUCUCUUCCUGGAGCUCAUCCCCAUUGCGCUCUUGGCGUUCCAGUCCGCCGGCUCCAUCACUUCCAGUCGGGCGCUGGGGUACAAUGAGAUCCCGACGGUGGUCUUGACCAGCGUGUAUUUCGACGUCGCAUCCGACCCGAAUCUGGCGGCUGUGCCAACGACCAACCUGAAGCGAAACCGACGUAUCGGAAGUGUGGUGAUGCUGUUGGUUGGAGCUAUUGUAGGCGGGUGGUUGAGUCGGAGUAGUGGAGGGAUGCAGUCGGCCCUGUGGAUGGCUGCUGGGUUCAAGAUGGUGAUCGCUUUUGCGUGGUUGGCUUGGAAGAAGGAGGCUGCUCCUUCCAAGUGA